UAAUAAAUACGUUGUCAUCCGGGGUCAAAAUUGAAAUGACAAAUGGUUGAAUAUGAAGGAAGAUAUGUACAUAAUUUAUAAAAAAUGUACUGAAAUUUAAUUAGUGAUUCGAUAUAACAGGAUUUUGAAAUAACAAUAAUGGAUUUAGUAACAUGUGAAUAUGUCGUUUAUUCAACCAGAUAUGUUAUUUAAGUGAACAUGAUGUGUAAUGUGUAAAUAUUUGAUGUUUUCAUGACAGACCCACACCCAGUAUUAAACGCACGAGACGACAAGAGCUAUUGACAUGGAACAAGAAUUAACAGAUGAAGAACUACGAAAUUGGGUGAAGGCUUGUUUAGGUUUAAAAUAUUUCAAGGAAGGUGUCCUGCCAUGCAUAGCAGAUGCAUGUACAGAUUUAUAUAUCCGGCGAACGAGUCAAAUGGAAACUUUAUGUAAUCUUCCUAAUUACACAUGCACAGGAUGUGACGUUGGAACGCUCGAACCAAAACAUACAAAAAUGCACAAAUGCAGGAACACUAAAUGCAACUGUAAAAAGAAACAACUGAUUAGAUGCAAAGAAAACGAAGCAUGUGGUGUAAUGUAUGAUUUGAUUAUAGACGAGCAUGUGGGAAGUAGUCCAAACUGGGUAAACACAGAAUGUGAUUUGUGGUCAGACAAAGACACUGGUCCGUGGGAACUUAUUAAGUGCUUUAUUUCAACGCCUGGUUAUAAAGACAAAAGGACUAUUGCUGAGGCAGACGUUACCGCUCUUAUACAAAUAUAUGAGAACAAUACAGCAUUGAAAGCCUUAAUUGGACUGGACUUGGAGAAACUCAUCCGGAUACGCAAGGUACGCAACGACAUUUGCCAUACCGGAGACAUGAAAGUUUCUAGAAAUACAUUAUGCGACUACAUAGCCGACAUGAAGACGGCUUUGCGGUUGAACAUAUUUAGCAAAUAUGAGUCUACAAAAGCGCAAUUAAAGAAACUUACCAAACUUGAGAAAGACAGCUACAAAGUGACAAGAAAAGAUGAACUUGAGUCAAGACAAGACAUGAUUAAAGCGAUUCAAGAGUCUAAACAAAUUGCCAUAUUACAAGGCGAACAGAUGGAUAAAAUCGAAAAUAAUAUUCAAAAUCUGACCAGAAUUGAAAAACUGCAUGCCAAGAAAUAUGAAGACAUAAUAAGCAAUUUAAAAAGUCAUGUUACCAGUUUAUUAGAAGAAAUAAUGAAAACAACAAAGCUAAUAUUAAAAACAGACGGCGAUUUCAAAGUAGCAGUGUUGGAUGAAAUAGGAAAAGUGGCGAAAGAACUUCAAGAACAAGGAAUACUUCUUCAAGAACAAGGAAUACUUCUUCAAAAGAUGAAUGUGCAAAGCAAAGGUAUGAAGAUGGCAUUAGAACGAUUGGAAAAGAUUUUGCAGAAAACGGAAGGGCAAGAAAUUAAUAUUGAAACAAUGAUACGAGUAUGUCUACACGUAAUAUCGACGUCUGAAAGAGAACAUAUAUCGGAAAUGUUGGUUCAAAUCGCCAAUGGGGUCACAAACAACUUUGAUCCGACUAUUGUACAGCACGUUAAAUCGGCUCUCAAUGCAUUGCAGAGAGACGGAAUCAAAUUAAAGAAAGCACAAAAGGAAUGCGUUGCAUUGUACCUUAGUUGUCCGACGCCAGAGAAGUGGAUGCAAUUAUGCAGUGAUUGCUUAGACGGAUCGCUAACUGAGCUAUUCAAACCGCUUCAGACAUGCUUGAGAGAGCGUUUGGAUUGUCAAAUUCUGGAACUAAAAGUGGACAUAAAUGAAUCCGACUUUCUAGUGGCUUUGGCAGAAAUACUCGAUCACAUCGAUCAUGAUGGUACAGUGUCGGGUAUUACCCACAAAGUCGUUUCACAAAAAGAAAAUGAUGCAAAAGUACUUCAUUCAAAUCAAACCAAAGAGAACGAAAAACCCAACGGCCAUUCCAGAGCAGAAUUCUACAAAACAACUAUCGAUGACCUGCAAAGAGAUAGAUCUAAUUAUCAUACAUCAAAGCAAAAGAAACUGUUUGCAGAUGUGCCAGCAGAAAACAUCUUUUCCAGGAAGGUGCCAGACCUACAGUUAUAUCAGCAGCAGCACGUUUAUAUGGACAGACUAGGAAAAGAUCCAAAUUCUCUUCAACUUUUAAGCUCAAGACGUAUUCUGCGACGAGAACAAGUGAACCAGUAUGACCCUGUACGUCUGAAAUUAAAAAACACAGAUGAAAUCUUGAAUACACCAAGGAAUGUGCAACAUCAUAUUGGAGGUACACACAAAAGAGUUCAAAGCCGAAGAAUUGAUUUUCUUCCAUCGUUAUCUACCCCUAUUCCAAUCCAACAAAUCGAUGAUUUACAAGACAAUAUCACACGUAUUGACCUUCGACCGCAAAAUAAGAAAGAUCUAAAUAUUAGACGUAUUGAAGUCCGACCGCAACACAAGAACGUUUCAGUUAGCCCGUAUUACUCACCACGUCAUUUCUUAAGAAGCACGUCACAAGACACAUCAAGUACAACUACAGAUGUGGAACAAACAGUUAAGGUGUUUGGUCAUCGUGUGAAGAAAAGCAAGCCACAUGAAAUGAUGAAUACGACUAGAAAUAGACCAAGUGAAAUAUUUGAGCACCUUCCACCGUUGGAAAUAUUUGGUCUAGUAACCCAAAAGCAUGGCAACAUCCCCGAUCAGCAUUCCGUUCCAAAGAGUGCUUUCGAGGAACACGAAGUCGUAGUUUCCGCACAUUCUCGCAGUAAAACUGAGUGCAGUGACCCAGUGGCGUAAUAUGUAUAUUAAUUAUUGUUUUGUAUGUAAUUGUGCUAACAUCAUAUAUUUAAUAAGGUAUUUAUUGGAACACCAUAGAUAUUCAGCGACUAUACUGUCUCUUUCUCGUAGUGGCUUUUCGCCAAUUAAACACGUUUUGUCGACGGCGAGAUUUGAUAACGUAAUUCUCUUUUUCAAAAGAAAGAAAUUUUAAAAUAUUAAUUUAUAUUUAAUUUUACGACUCAAAGUUGUUAAGUUACUUCUCGUGUAGUAAAAUAACCCGACCAUUUAUUAUCAAAGGCAUUAUUUUGUUAAUGCUAUCGUGCACAUGCGUGUUCUGAAUAUAUGUUUGCAGUAACGCAAAGGCCAGUUCGAACAUGGAAUGAAAUUCUUCGAAAUGCAAUCGAGGAAUACUAAUAUAGAAACGUAAUACGCUAUUUUAAAACAAAAAGUUCUUAAUAUUCUUUCGAUAAAACAUUGAUUUUUUCAACGCAAUAUUAUUUGUAUUAGCCUGUUGUUAAGUGACGUUUAUUGAUACGUGUUUUUUUAUGAUCACAACACGAGCGUCAACUCUAAACAUGUUUGAAAACCUGGUAAUUACCAGUGUUGUAGUUAUUGAAAUUAUAGUGCUACAUGUCUGUACUUUAUAGAUACCAUGUCUUUAUUAUAUUAAUACAGAAACGAUGUCUAAAUUAGAUUAAUACACAGCAUGUUAUUGCUGAGUACUCUAUUUCUAAGUGCGAAUCGUAAUAUAUUGUCUUUGUUUUAUAUUAAGCUAUACAUAUCAUUCCAACUGUGUUUUCUUGUAAACUUUAAUACAAUCGCUUCGAUUAACAUGACAAAUGUAUUCGAGAUUUGGGGAUGAAAUCAAUAUAUAAUUUAUAUUCACUUAACCAUUAUCAAUGUGCUUACCUUCAUUCAACGACGAAAUACAAACUUAUACCAUAUAAUACUCAAUAUUUUAUCAAAGUAUGUCAAUAUUCAAGUUGUAAAAGCUCUAGCUUAACACGGGUGUAUGCCGUUAGAUGAUUUCAUGUACCAAUUUACUUUUAUAAAAUACUGCAAUGAUGAUGUUCACUGGCACGUUUUUGUUUUACUUUACAAGUAAAUUGCUAUUAUGUUUUAAUUUAGGCUUCAAUGUCUCUUUUAGGGUUUACCCUUUGAUAUAAACAUUAAUACAAUUUUAAUGUUUUGAUAUGUUUAUACUAUAUGAACUGUGUUUGUAUGAUCAUACUAUUAGAUUUUUUUUUAAAUCUAAUGAGUUUAUUUACAUAAUUACAUUCUUUUCAGAUUCAGGUUAAUAAUGAUUCAUGUUAGAAGCAAAACACUAUUUUGAUAUCUCUAAAUAUCAAACUGUUGAACGAUUGAACCAAAUCUGGAUCUGAAAGCGUAACUGUAAAAUAAGAUCAUAUUGGUAUAUAUAUAGCGUUGAUUUACUCCUUAAUAUAAAAAAAAUACUUGCUUUACAAGUAUAUAUAUUAUAAUGCAUUUUUUAAAUAGUUUUUCUGUAGUCAUCGGUUGUAAAUCUUGUUAUGCUAUGUUUUCUGUCUGUGUAAGGAUAGUCAAGAUGUAGAAAAUGGUUGUAAAAACAAUUUAAUUUAUGCUUUAUAGAGAGAAAGGAGUGCAUUUAAACUGAUAUUUUACUGUUUCAAACAGUGAAAAAUAACAGUGAAAAUAUUCGUCUAUUUUCAUUGUUUGACUGGAACUCUUUUAAUAUAUCUUUGGUUUACCCAUUGUGCCACCCCCAAAUGUUACAAAGGGAGACUACUCUGCAUUGAAUGUUUUUAAAAUAUACGGAUACGCUUCCCUUGAACAUACAUGUACUACCAUUUCGCCGCGCCCAGCUGGGAAUGGCAAAAAAAAAACACAACAACAACACAAACAAUAAUUAUGUGUAAGCAUAAAAUAAAUAAAAAAUGGAUUUGGUGAAAAUCGAUUUUAAUUCACUCGUUAUCACACACAAACUAUAUUUUCACUCGUGAUUGCGCAACUCUUGAACAUAUCAUUUUCUAUUAUCACUCGUGAAUUAAAAACGAAAUUCUUCCAAAUCCAACAAAUAUCCC